CUCGACUUUCACCGACAGUUCUGGCACAUUAACUUCUCCUCGUGAGCUUCGCAAGGUAGGAUCUGAGUGUCCACGAGGAAUGCUGUGACAGAGAAGAAAACAGAGAGAGUUUUUGCUGAUGUGCAACAACGAGAUGGCACGCCACGAUCUUCCUAGGAGAAACGUGUAGGGGUGAAGGAGCGCUGGCAAUUCUAUAUAGAAGACCAGCUUCUCAGUUCUGAGGCACAGCAUUGCGCAGUCUGGCCAAGACUGGAGCUUAGGGCUCAGCAUUGCUCACACCCCUCCGGGUUGACACUUGGACGGUGCAGUCUGAGGAACUUUUGCUAUGCUGGGCUCUAGAACUGCAAGUUUGAACGCCUCGGACUGCCCCAGGCAACAGACAGAUGAGAGUGUUGAUGAGACAAGACAGAUGAGAGUGUUGAUGAGCCAAGUCCUCAUUGCACCUCAUCCUGAAAGGUUCUGGUGGCAGCUUGAUACUCCCCUCAGCUUACCUUCCGAGAACCUGCAAAUCUGAAUAUAGCUUGUUGAUUUCCUUCACCAAGCUUUCCCCAGGUUCUACUUCACAGAACCUUGCAGGGGUUCUGACACGAAGCAGCGCAACUAGAAUGGUCCAACCGGUUUGGCCAUGUUUCCUCUUAACCAUGCUAGCGAGGAUAAGCAUUCUGUCAACCAUUCUAGUUGCCGCUGAAGCACGGAGCCCCUGGCCAAGUGGCCUCAGGGCAGCCGUUUCAGGAUGGAAGAGCGCAGCUCCAAAAGUGUGCCCCUGUCGCGGCCAACUCUCAGAUGACUGUCCGGACGGCUUCCCAGCGAUAGGCUGCUUCCGCUUGCGACUUCAAUGCACUUGCCAGCUCCCAUCCUGCAACGCAACAGUUUCUUGCGCCGCCGGGAGUUCCUGCGACCUUAACUGGAACAAGUGUUUCCAAAGCCCAAAACGGGUAGGCGACCCGUGCACUGGCGACGUUGACUGUGGACCAGGCCUGGUGUGCGGUUCCAACUCUGGCCUUUGUAGAGCGAGCGUAAAUGCUCCCCAGUCGAGUCCACCGCCCCUCCCCCUCCUCGCCCCCGCGCAAUCCCCCGGAGUCGCAAACCGGACCACAUUAGUACAGUCGACAGUCGCCACCGUUAAGCUCGGCGGCACAUGCUCGUUGACGUCACAGUGCGGUCAGGGCCUGCUGUGUGACCAAUGCCCGGGGGGUGGUGACGUCACCACGUGUCGGCAGGGGAGCUGGGCGCUGCAGCCGUCGGACUACGACCGGCCGUACAACAAGGUCCCCUGGCUGGUCGCACACAACGCGUAUGCGCAGAACGUGGCUCCGCCAAACACGUGGCCGUACGCCGUCUUUCUCAACCAAGACCUGUCCAUUACCGACCAGCUAAACUAUGGCGCGCGGGGCUUGAUGCUAGACGUGUACUUGGUCAAGGGUGACGUGUACCUAUGUCACAACUACUGCAAUUUUGGAAAGGUCCCCUUGGGCCCCGUCCUGUCCGAGAUCAAGUCCUGGAUGGACGCGCAUCCGUCCGAAGUCGUCACAAUUUUCUUCGAGGAUUACGUCACGCGGACGUCACCAAGUCUACUGACGUCAGCGCUCGCAGCGGCGGGGCUCUCGCAAUAUUUAUUCCCGCGCGCCCAGAUGCCAACGGACGGCUCAGAUUGGCCCUCCGUUCGGGCGAUGGCGGCGAUCGGACGGCUGGUGGUGUGGACGGACGCGCGAGGCGGGGACUUGCCCUGGCAGUGGGACUACUACGUGGAGGCGAUGUACGGCACGCGAGGGAUGGAUUCGGCCUCCUGUCCCGUCCGCGACAACGGUUCGUCGGGCCUCAGCGACCGCAGCAAGUCGCUCGUCCUAGUUAACUGGUUCGGCGACCUGGAGGCCUCGUCCGCCGCGUGCACGGACAACCAGCUGGUAACGCUGCAGGCAAAGCUGCAGGCGUGUUACGCCGCGGCAGGGAGCCGGUGGGCGAACUUCCUGGCAGUCGAUUUCUUCCAGCACAACACCGAUGGCGGAGCGUUCAAAUCUCUUGAAUGGCUGAGCCAACAGUGGCGGUCGUCUGCACCCUGAGCGAUUGAGGGUGCGCAAGAUCAAGCGGAAUAUAAGUUAUGACCACAAUUGCAGCAUCGGAUAGAUGAAUGCAUUUUUGGGUUGCUUCAUUGGGUAGAAACAUUCAAACAUUGCAUUCAUCGUCCUCGAAGAGUAUAAAUUGGCUACGUUCCUUAGACGAUCAUGGAGCCUCCGGUUGCGCGCUAAGAAUAGAAGGACUGUUACUAACUCCGCCCUAGGAGCAGCAAGGGAGCAAUAGAUUAAGUAUUCUGAAAGACAUUGACGAUUCAACGUCGAUUAUCGACUGCAUAGCAACGGCCAUAUUAUCAGUGGCUUGACUUGGCGCUCAAGUCACUGAUCACUGCGUCUUGAUAGUGAUCUAACAUGGACAUUCUCACACGGAA